AUGGAGAAUAUCGACCCGAUAAGGUACUAUUGGCACGACAACAACACAUCACAGACGAAUACCAUUAGGACUUUAAGAUCUAGAAACAUUAAUAACGCCCCAUACACUCCCAUAAAAUAUUCUAAAUUACCAUUGAAUGAACAGACACAUAACACAACUGGAAAAAUAGAAAUCUAUCCUAACAAUUUCCAAGUAUCCAGUAUAAGCUCUCCUCUACAAUUACAACAUAAAUGGUUGAAAAACCUUACUGACGCACACAUACCAGAACACAUACAAGGAUUGAUACAACUGAGAUCUGGAUUUUGCCUCCCUAUCUCUAACAACAAAGAUACGAUAUGCUUCGAGUUCAUCAAACGCAUAGAAGCCAGUAUCUCAAAACUAGAUUUAUUAACAAUUUCCAACAUCCGUAACCACACGAACACAAUUCUAAGUCAAUGGUACAAUAAUCCUCAACCUCUACGCGAAAUUGGCAAAAAAAUUCUUAAAACCACACAAGAAACUAAAACUUUCUUUAAAUCAAAUCCAGAAUUACUUAUCACUAAAGCAGAUAAAGGUAACGUAACAGUCAUUAUACACAAAACUGAAUACAACAAAAAAAUGAAUGAUAUGCUGGGGGAUAGUGAAACGUAUAGUCUCGUACAACGAGAUCCCACCAAUAAAAUAUUAAAAAAUCUGACAUCCCUAUUAACACGAUGGAGAGACAAAAACUUCAUAUCCCAGGGACAAUACCGAAACAUGUAUGCAAGCGAUGGAGUAUUACCCCGUGCAUAUGGACUCCCCAAAAUCCACAAACCAAACAUCCCUCUCAGAAUCAUAGUAUCUUCAGUAUAUACUCCUCUUUAUAACAUAGCUACUUUCUUACAAGACAUCUUACAACAAAGUUUACCAUCUAAUCCUACCACAGUAAAAGACAGUUUCACACUCGUAGAAUCGCUCAGAAACACAUACGUCCCAGCAGGAGUAGAGCUAAUUUCGUUAGACGUAGUGUCUCUUUUCACUAACAUUCCUUUAGACCUAGCGAUCAACAGCGUUAAAAAAAGAUGGAAUUUCAUCUCCAAAAAGACCAAAAUUCCCUUAAAAGAAUUCAUCGAAGCAUUACAGUUUGUUCUACAUUCCACCUACUUCACAUUUGAAAACAACAUCUAUAAACAAAAUUACGGUUGCCCCAUGGGAUCUCCACUUUCACCAGUGAUAUCCGAAAUAGUAUUACAGGAUGUAGAAACAACGGCGAUAAAGAAAUUAAAAUUCCAUAUGCCUUUUUAUUGCCGAUAUGUGGAUGAUAUAGCCUUGGCUGCCCCACCACAAUUUUUCAAUGACAUCCUGAAAACCUUUAACUCAAUACACAAAAGAAUGCAAUUUACCAUGGAAAUAGGAGAAAACCACAGACUUAAUUUCUUGGAC